GGGGGCAAAGGCCCCGGAGCGCCGGCCGCUCCUCCCCGCAGCCCCGGGGAGUUCUCGUGCAACUGGAAGGCGCUGCGGGAGCUACUGAAACAAAAGGCAAAUAGCUCCGGUGAGCCCCUCUCCACACUCAGCAAAAAGAAGCAGCCCCUGAAGGCAGGGAAGAGCCAAGAAGUCCCAGUGAUCAAUGGGAAUGGGGUGAAGGCCAAACCCACCCAAAGCACGGACAGUGGUUCUGCUCAAGACAGUCCUCCCAAGGCAACACCCAAGAGGGCUGCAACAGACAAGAGUUUAAGUGGCACCAAAAGCCACGGGAAAGGCUGCAAAGAGAAGAAGAAAAAUGGGAAUAUUUUACAGGAGAAAAGUGAUAUCAAACAUAAGAGGAGAAAAGCUGAAGAACACGUGGAGCAGCAACCCAAAGAGGCUGAAAUCUGGUUUGAUGAUGUCGAUCCAAAAGAUAUUGAAGCAGCAAUAGGACCUGAAGCAGCAAAAAUUGCUAGAAGAAAUCUAGGACUUGAAACAGAUGAAUCCAAAAAGGCUGUGGAACAGGUGCUAGUUAAUGAAAAUGCAUCUGAAGGGCUGACCCGGGCUGUAGCCAUGGACUGUGAGAUGGUGGGAGUGGGACCCAAGGGUGAGGACAGCAUCGUGGCUCGUGUGUCCAUCGUCAACCAGUUUGGGAAGUGCAUUUAUGACAAGUAUGUGAAGCCAACAGAAGAGGUGACAGAUUACAGGACAGCUGUCAGUGGCAUUCGCCCCGAGAAUAUAAAGACAGGUGAAGAUUUUAAAACAGUGCAGAAGGAGGUUGCUGAGAUCUUGAGUGGAAGGAUUUUAGUUGGUCAUGCUUUACGCAAUGAUCUAAAGGUCCUGUUUCUUGAUCAUCCUAAGAAGAAGAUACGUGACACACAAAAGUACAAGCCUUUCAGAGAGAGAGUCAAGACUGGCCGGCCAUCCCUGAAGCUGCUCUGUGAGAAGCUGCUUAACAUUCAAGUGCAGACAUCAGAGCACUGCUCGAUUCAGGAUGCACAAGCAGCUAUGAAACUGUACACCUUGGAGAAAAAGAAAUGGGAAGCUGCUCUUAAGAACAAACCUAACAACAAAAAAUGUAAAACCUGA